GAUAUCCUCAUCAGUUACGUGUUUCUUUCUAAUUCCACAGCUCCCACUAACUCUGUAAAUAAAUCAUCAAUGGAAGACGAAGAAUAACAAUAAUGCCCUUAUCAUUUUCAUUCUCUCGUAUAAUCAUCUCAUCAAUCACACCAAGAAUCCAGAUUUUAACUACAAGAACCAUGUCCUCAUCAGCACCAACUCAGUCGCAUGCUUUUGCUGGUAAUCCAUUAAGAUCUAAAACACCAAAACCAGGUGAUCCAACAUCACCAAAUUCAUCACUACUCAACCUCAAAACACUCAUUUUAGAUAAUGAUUCAGUGUUUUCGAAGAAAUUUAAGUUCUUACCAUUCAGAAAAGGCAGGCCAUUAGCUUCUUCAUCUCCAGCUUCGAAUUCUGAUUCUACGGUUUGGAAUUUAGGGUGGAUUAGUUUGAGUGAUUGUAAAUCGAUUGUGGAGAAAUCUGGGAAUGAGGAGAAGAUUAUAAAUGAGGAUUCAUUUGUUUAUCUUGGUUCAAGAUUAGGUAAAGAUGUUGAGGAGGAUUUUACUUAUUGGGCUAUUGAUGUUGAGAAUGUUGGUGGUGAUGUCUGGGUUUCUGAAUUGAGUAAGAAGCAGUUUUGUUUUGCUGAGCUUAGAACGUUGAUGGUGGCUACUGAUUGGGGGGAUUCUAGGGAGUUGGAAGAAUUAGCUAUUGCUGGACAUGCUAGGGCGUUGUUGGAGUGGCACAAGAUAUCAAGGUUUUGUGGGAAUUGUGGAGGAAAGACGGUUCCUAUAGAUGCUGGCAGGAGGAAACAAUGCUCAAAUGAAGAGUGCAAGAAGAGAGUUUAUCCUCGUGUUGAUCCGGUAGUUAUUAUGUUAGUCAUUGAUAAAGAAAACGAUCGUGCGCUAUUAAGCAGACAAUCGAGAUUUGUUCCCCGUAUGUGGAGCUGUCUUGCUGGUUUUAUCGAGCCAGGAGAAAGCUUGGAAGAGGCUGUAAGGAGAGAGACAUGGGAGGAAACUGGUAUUGAAGUUGGUGAAGUUAUGUAUCAUAGUUCUCAGCCUUGGCCUGUUGGACCUAAUAGCAUGCCAUGCCAAUUGAUGGUGGGUUUCUUUGCAUAUGCAAAAUCACUUGAAAUAAGUGUCGACAAGGUGGAGUUGGAAGAUGCUCGAUGGCAUAGUAGAGAAGACGUAAAGAAUGCAUUGACGUUUGCGGAGUAUGAAAAGGCGCAAAGAACGGCUGCAGACAAAGUUGACCAGAUGUGCAAAGGAGUCGAGAAGGGCCUGAACUUCUCUUCAGAUUUCAAUGUAGAAAGCGGUGAACUUGCUCCCAUGUUCAUUCCUGGGCCCUUCGCCAUUGCCCAUCACUUGAUAUCUGCAUGGAUCGACCAAACUUGUGUUAAAUCUUCCUCGCAGUGUUCGUGAGACGAAAUAUUGUUCUGGUUAGCAGUCGUCAAGGAGGGAACUUCUUCUGUUUGACAUUGUUAAAGUUAUUGUUGUAGUCUAUGUGAUGUUCAAGCUUUUGAGUUUAGUUCUAUAAGAAGUGGUUCAUUUUAACAAGUAUGAAUCAAAUGGCUUUGUACUCUGUUGUGUAUCAAAUCAAAAAAUGAAAUCGGAUGGAAAUUUCUUUUCCUAUA